AUGUCUCACAGCAGCACGCUUGCGUGCAUGGAAAGACGUAGUAAUUGCGAUUUUUCUUCUGUCCUCUUCCUUUCCACUCAGAUCUUUGGGUUAAUCAUUCAGUCGUUUUUUGUCUUGUUCCUGUCUCGUCUAUCAAUUGUUUUGGGCCCUGAGAAACAGCAACGCGCCACAACCGUACCGUCUCAUAUGCAGGGUCCGCCUGCUCAACAUAACCUUGGAAUUAACAACACCGCAAAUGCCCAUCUACAACCCUUCCAACCCAAUCCUAAAUUUGGACCUUUACAAAGUCGGCAGCAAAAACCGCCAAGGAUGACCCUGUCUACCGAGACAAGAACCACAUUCGGUACCAGCGAAAUCGAGAACGAGAAUAAGGACCCUUUUGUUGUUACUCCGCCACGCAAACGCGAUUUGACGAAAGAAACAACCAGUCCAGCAACACCCAAAAGUAAGAGUACACCACUGCACAAGCGCUUCUUGGAGGAGGUCACUAUGAGUCCUGGCACACUGUCCACACCGCCACGAACGCCCAGUAAGAGCCCAAAAAGAGGCCAUACGUCGAAGCAGAUGCUUGAGGUUGGGCAGAAUGGGUUUUAUUUUUCUAUGGAGAUACCGAAGAAGAAGAUUACGCCUAGGAGGGCUGCGACACCAGAUGGAAGGACGUUCGGUGGACAGUCACCGAGUCCCCUGAAAGAGAAGAAGAGUGAGGUGAAGGGCGGCGAGACCCCUGGCGGGGGGAGAGUCAAGGACAUUCUGAGGAAGAAUCUGUUUGGGACGCCGAUGAAGAAGGCUACGAAGUUCGGCAGGGGCGAUCAAGAGAAGGGGGACGUGGAGAAGACGGGAACUGCAGUGAGGAUCAGUCCAUCGAAAGAUCGCUCGUGGCAGAGCAUGCUGAAGCGUGAGCCACAGCCAAGCGAACACAGCGGAAGUGAAAGCGCACAAAACGGCACUACGACAGAAGCUGCGACCGAACACGCUGUUGCGCCUGCCAUCACCCAGGACUCGUCCAGAUCUGCCGAACCUUCAGCACCACCUCCAUCAACAAUGACGCCAUCGACGAUGCAGAAUCCGGUUAUGCCACCAGACCAACAACAGACUGCACCUGCACUCGACCUACAAAAGGCGUCCGCCGCUUCCACACCAUCGAACAUCGGCCAUCUGAUGGCCGGCCUUCGCAACAAGAGCUCGAAAGUUCAGAUGCUGCCCACGACCGGCGGUCUGGAGUCUAUGCCAACGCCGCUGCGCAAGAUGUCAGAGAGACUUGGCCUGAGGAGUCCGCAUGUCGUGCGCAAGGGGAAGGUCGAUGGCGACGGCGAUGGCAAAAGCAGUCCCGCUGCAAUGUCGAAGACAGAGACGUUGAGGUUGCCGAUCUCGGCGUUGGAUUUGAGAAGUGCUGCGAAAAGGGAGAACGGGUCAGCGUCGGGUACUUCAGCUGUUGUAGGAGCUACGACGACUGCGCAGAUGGCAUCAAAGGAAGGGCACGCGAUGCGAAAAGAGGAUCCUCUCGCCCAAUUUCGCAAGUAUCCGACCGCAGUUGCAUCACCUGUCGUUUCCUCACGCCCAAGCACUGCGACAUCAUCAUCGUUCGCGUUUCCCUCAACGUCCUCCAGACCAGGUCUUCCGAACAGAUCGAAGAGCUUUGGCACGCCUACUCGUCUCCGCUUUUCUAUACAGGAAGACAUGUACAAAGUGCAAGAGUCUCUGAAGCGAUCACUUGGGCAAGAUUUCAGCUUCCAGACGAACGGCACAAACCAUGCAACACCAAUGUCACCCACUGUAGCAGCCGCAAGCCCGGGUGCGUCCGCCAGGGACCACAGCAAAAGUAAUGCGAGGAAAGCGGCGAGGCCUGUCUCCAUGGUAGGUCCAGCCAAGUCAAAUGAAGUGAGCAGCACAGAGGCUGGGCCGAGGAGACCGCUCAACACCGCAGCACGCAAACCGAGACCCAAAUCCAUGAUCGUAGGUUCAGCCAAAGUUCUAGAGACCAUUGCUGCACAAAUCGACUCACCACGCGAGCGGGCGAAGCUGCGUAGCGCCGCUGCCACAUCUUCGAGUACACAAACCGGACCUACGACUUCACGUCCUGGCAUAGCGGCGUCAACGUCGCAAGGACCCAAAGCCACUACCACAACGCAGGAGUUGAAGAAACCCCAGCCUACGGUCCGCACGACAAAGUCCGCAGCUCUUCGUGCCGCUGCCCACCCCAAACGCGCAGCACCACCUGCGCCUGCAGCUACAUCGGGUCUGCAGAAACAGAGGAUAGUAAGUGCCGAAGUGAUCGCGGACCACAUAUCCUCAUGGAAUUCUGAGGACCGCAAGAAUGCCGUGCAGAAGAUACCCGUGCGCUCCAAGUCCACAAAAGCAUCAAACAAACCUGCUGUCAGGGGCAUGGGCAAGAGAAAGGUGGUGACGCCAGAGCCAAAGAAUACGAAAGACACAAAAGCAGACUCAGGCACUGCGCAAUCCUACACGCCCCCCGGCAACCCAACGCGUCUCUCCUCACCCGUCAAAUCACCCUCGAAAACCCGCCUUACGGUGUUACCCGCCACUCCCGCAACCAAGCCGAAGAUAGCGCCCCCUCUGUCCCACGCAGCUCCGUCUCACGCAGCAAAGCUGAGGACACCGCACCCGGCUAGAACUCCGGUUAUUCAGAGGACGGCUGGGAUGGGUCGGAAUGAUGGAUUGGAGGAGGAUCUAAAUGCGCUGCGCACACCGAGUAAGGAAAUUCAGAGUGCGCUGGAUCGAGCGAUUGAUAGGAAGAUUGAGGAGGAUAGAAGGAGGGGUGGGUGGUUAUGAGCUGGGAUGAGAGUGAGGGGAUGGUUAUGAUGAUCUACUGAGAAACCACCGAUUGCAUGUACGAUUACAAUGUC